AAUUUCCUUGUGACAUUUAUAUUGACAUUGUAUACGUAUCUGGCCUUUAGGUUGUUUAUAGAGGCAUGUAAGACUGUAAGAUACUAUAUACGUAACACACAUAAGCAAACUUUUCUAGUCCAGGUGAUAAAACUAUUUAUCAAACAUGGCGACCGAGGACGGCCAGAUAGAAAUCAUCGCUGGGACAGACGACAGAACUCUCGUACCCAUUCCAUGUGGGGACCGGAAGUACAUGAAUGUGCUGGAGAGGGAUUUUUUGAACAGUUUCUUUACUUCAGUUUUGUUAUACGUAAAUCCUUUGACUCUUAUUCGCCGUCUCUGUGAAAAAGACCAUGUUUCCAAGGAGUGUUUGGAGUUAGUCGAAGCAAAACAGGAAAAAUCCCCUUUUCAGUUUUCGUAUGAGAUCUUGGCAAACGAAGUUGCGAAACGCAACUCUUUGAGGAGUUUUGUGUUUGCAUUGUAUUCUCUUCAAUAUACGCAGUUAGCAAAUGAUUUAAUCGGGUUCUACAAAGAGUACACUCGAACGAAACGUGUACAAGAAGUAGUACGUGCUACAGUCGGUGAUAGGAGAGCAAUACAGCAAUACUUUAAAUUCAUCAAAAAGCAAGUUCACGAAUUCACGUUCAAAAACCCUCAAGCCGAUUUGUCCGUCAUCGGUGCACGGAUAAGACAACGUAUAGAGCUGGAAAAGAAUGAUGGCAGACGACAAAACAUGUAUGACCGGUACAUUGCUCUGAAAGCUGCAGAAAUUGAUGCCCUGACCAACAGAACAGACGACAUCGAUCCUUAUGGAGGGGCUUUCUCAGACAUCGAGGAGGUUCUGGAUAGGAGCAGCAAUCCUAGUAUAUCCCGAGUCCUGCUAUAUGGACGGAAAGCUGACGUAUUGUCUUCGCUCGGGAGACAGGAAGAAGGCCGAUGCAUGCUGAAAGAGGGGUUCACGUACGCCAAUGCAACCGAUACCUGCAUCGAAUCGGUUGACAUGGUGUAUAAGAGUGUUGUUUUCCGCCUUUCUGAACUUGAAGAAGACCCGUCCAAUUUGCUACUAAAGGAACAAUUGUUAGCGGAGGCAAGCCGGGGCCUUCAUGAACUCAACGAGGAAAAUGAGGAUGUCAAAACUUUCUGGAAAAGGCUCUUUGUGUUGAGAAUGAUCUAUUGUCAUCUAGGUAUCGGAAAACGCUGCAAAAUCUUUCCAAAUUUUGAAAUCUCUAAACAAUCUUUGAUGGAGGCUGAAAGACUGCUUUCUCUAGAUUCUCUUGAGGAUUUGGAACAUCGCCGCCAAAUGAUGUAUGGUGUUGCCAGAGCUCGUCUGCAGGAGCUCCAAGGAGAUUUGUCGUCUGCUGUGGAGACGCUAUCUCGAGUGCUGGAAAUUGCCAAAGAGGGAAAGUACACCGAAAUGCCUAUGAUUAGUGAUUAUCUAUCAUGUCUUUAUCAAAAACAUCAACAAAUUUAAAAACAUUAAGAUAUACAUGUGGACAUGAACAAAUAUUUCGUCUUGUUCUUUUACAAUUGUACACGAAUACAUGUUGUAUGUCUCACUUUGGUUGUUAAUACAUUUAGAAAA